AAUAAGUAGAACUACAGCUAAAACCCCAAACAAACCCCUCAGCUCAGUCACUUCCUCUUCAGUUUACAUAAUCCAUUCUCUUAGCUCACUCCACACAACAUUCAUUCAUUCUUUACUCUUUUGAAUGGCUUUGCCAUUUGUUACUCUUCCACACUUCAUUUCUCCAACAAUCACUCUAAAACCCAAACACUUCCUUCACCCAUUUCCUUCUACACAUUUCUUCCGUCCCUUAUCUUCUUAUCCUCUACUUCCUCUUCAACCUCCCGCCGCUACCAAACCCGACGGAGGACAAUUCUAUCCAAACCCAGCCGACGACGACCCACCCGAAAUACCCGAAGAUUCCGCUCACGGCUUCUCCAAAUUCCAACAAAUCCAACUCCAAGCCGACCGCGCUCGUAAACGCGAAGAACAAGAUUACAAAGAAAAUCAAGCCACUUACCUCGCCGCCAUCGCCGACGUCCACGAUGCUCCCGAUGAACCUUCCACUAUCGAAUCCGCUCAAGACGAUUUGUUCGGUGAAAUCGACAAAGCAAUCGCUCUUAAGCGUAAAGAGUUCGUUAAACAAGGUCUUCUUAAACCUAAUCCCGCCAAACGGGAUAUUGAAAUCGUUGAAGAGCUUCAACCUGAUGAAGUCGAUGAUGUUGAAGAAAUUGAGAAACUCCGGGGACUUGCGGUGAAUUCUGAUGAAACGCUGGGAGAUUCCGUCGAUGAAGAUGGUAAUUUAUCUUCGAAAUCCGAAUCUUCGUUUGAUUUAGAUUUUGAUAGUUUAGAGAAGAAUAGUAAAGCUAGAAUAGUUGAACCUAAGUUUAAGAUGAGUUUAGCUGAGCUUUUAGAUGAGAGCAAGGUAGUUCCUAUUUCUGUUUAUGGAAAUUUGGAAGUUGAAAUCAGUGGAAUUCAACACGAUUCGAGACUUGUAACGUCUGGUAAUUUGUUUGUUUGUUGUGUUGGAAGUAAAAACGACGGACACACGUUCUUGAGUGAGGCUGAUAAGAGAGGAGCUAUUGCUGUUGUCGCGAGUAAAGAGAUUGAUAUUGAAGAUACUUUGGGUUGUAAGGCUUUGGUUAUUGUGGAAGAUACCAAUGCUGUUCUUCCUACAUUGGCUGCUUCGUUUUAUAAGUAUCCUUCGACAAACAUGGCUGUUAUUGGAAUAGCUGGGACUUACGGCAAAACAACUACCACCUAUUUGAUUAAAAGUAUGUAUGAAGCCAUGGGUUUACGCACUGGGAUGUUUAACUCCAUUGCUAGUUAUGUGCAUGGGGAUAAUCAGUUGGAUUCACCUUAUGAGAUGAUGGAUGCUGUUUUAGUUCAGAAUUUGAUGGCUAAGAUGCUUCAAAAUGGAACUGAAUCUGUGGUUUUUGAGGCUUCUUCUAGUGGACUGGCUCAGGGGAAAUACGAUGAGGUUGAUUUUGAUGUUGCUGUUUUUACGAAUUUAUUGACUGAGGAGGAUGAGGAGGAGGAGGAAAGAGAUGCGAAGGCUAAGCUGUUUUCAAGGAUGGUGGAUCCUGAGCGGCAUAGGAAAGUUGUUAACAUUGAUGAUCCAAAUGCGCCAUUUUUCGUUUCAUUGGGCAGUCCUGAAGUUCCUGUUGUGACAUUUGCUUUGGAGAAUAAAAAUGCAGAUGUCCAUCCCUUGAAAUUUGAACUUUCUCUGUUUGAGACACAGGUGUUGGUUAAUACACCUGCUGGGAUACUGGAAAUUUCGUCGGGAUUAUUAGGAAAGCAUAAUGUUUACAACAUUCUUGCUGCUGUGGCAGUUGGCAUUGCUGUUGGGGCACCCUUGGAGGACAUUGUUAGAGGGAUUGAAGAGGUUGAUGCAGUUCCUGGGAGGUGUGAGUUAAUUGAUGAGGAACAAGCAUUUGGGGUAAUAGUGGACUAUGCUCGUACUCCUGAUGCCUUGUCUAGAUUACUUGAUUCUGUAAGAGAGCUUCAACCUCGCAGGAUUAUAACUGUGAUUGGUUCUUGUGGUGAGGAUGAAAGGGGGAAGAGACCCCUGCUGACAAAGAUAGCAACAGAUAAAAGUGAAGUCACCAUGCUGACAUCUGACAAUCCCAAGGGUGAAGAUCCAUUGGAUAUUUUGGACGACAUGUUGGCUGGGAUAGGAUGGACAAUGCAAGAUUACCUGAAAUAUGGAGAGAAUGACUACUAUCCUCCUCUUCCAAAUGGUCAUAGGCUUUUUCUCCAUGACAUUAGGAGGAUAGCUGUGCGAGCUGCAGUUGCAAUGGGGGAGGAGGGUGAUGUUGUUGUGAUUGCUGGCAAAGGCCAUGAAACAUAUCAAAUAGAAGGUGAAAAGAAGGAUUUCUUCGAUGACUCAGAAGAGUGCAGGGAGGCAUUGCAGUAUGUUGACGGCCUUCACCAAGCUGGAAUAGAUACAAGUGAAUUUCCAUGGCGGUUACCAGAGAGCCACUAAUAUCAUAGGUUGCUGUGCUAACACUGGAUCAGCAUCACUUGUUUACCUGAUUACACAAAUGAAGCAGGUCAAAAGAAACAGACCUUUGGAUUAUCAUAUGGGUCUUUGUUUGCAGGAGCUUGGGAAUCAACCUGGUAAAACUGAGCUUUAAAGUUGAAUGGCUACUUUUUCCAGAGUCCAGCUUAAAAUUGCAACUUGGGUAGAGUACAGUUUUACCCAACCUCUUAUUUUUUUGUCUAUAUAGCCAAUUCUAAUUUCCUUUUUUCCUUGGUCUCCAUGCCACUGUAAUUGUAAUUCUAUGUUGUAGAGUGACACAGUAGUCCUGCUUCCUACUUGGCAAAUAUAGAUUAUAGACAGAAGUCUUCAAUUGAACUUCUUAUCCAA